CUUAUCGUGUUUUGUGGAACAUUUCAACCUAAGAAGAAACCUGGUUUGCCUACCCCUCCUGCCCUCCCUGUGUUCCCCGCUACGGCUCACAACUGUAACCUUAGGUACCUACCCGCCUAAGGUAACUAUUUCUAUUUGCUUAUUGCGCAAUCAACAUUCCAAGCUCCAAGCCUCUUAGCCAUUAAUCCACCCACCCCCGGACUCUAUUCACCUGGGAAAAGGCAUACGAGUAGUCACCAUGGCCUCAAUAGCAGAAAUACAAUAUCCAUGUGCACUGACGAUCGAGGUGCCAUUCCCUACACCAAGACUCGCAUCCAUUGCCCUAAAGGCACUACAAGUCGACAAAGAGCUGUCGCCUUUGGUAAAGCGGACCUUCUCCCUUGACCAGUCAGAUGAAGACACCAUCAAUGGGGACUCGGGCGGGAAUAUCUUACGAACCGAGUACAAAGCUACUACCAACAGGAUGCUUCGCGUAGCCGUCAACUCUUUCAUGGAUAGUUUAAGCUUAGUGGUCGAAGUCAUGCAAGAGCUCGACACGGAUGUACUAGCCACGGAAGACACCAAAGCGUGAAUGGACUUAGUGAAGGCAUAGCCCUUGUCACGGCGGAUGAGGGAUGCUGUCCCGCAACUCUUAAUUGGAAUGUAAAACAAGACCAGGGGUUUAUACGAUGAUUCAGAGCACGUGGAGGUAUUCUGUAAAGAAUU